AUGGAAAAUGAUGUACGUUUGCUGCAACAAUUACUAGCAUUGGGAGAUUCAAUCCAAGAAUUGAAAUCGAGAAGUGAAUCACGCUAUAAAAGUCAAAUUCUGUUAAAUUGUUUGGAAGAAGAAAGAAGUGAUGAGGACGAAAAGUAUUGGCCUAAUGCUAUCACAACAACGUUUGAUAAUACUUUAUCAAGUGUAACUCAUUUGUACGUGGAUGAUGAGCCAAAAGAAAAUCAACAAAAGCAAUAUUUUUCUCGUAAAAAUUCUGUUCUUCGAAUUCCGAUUCCGCCUCGAAGUAGCAAUCGAAUGUCAACAAAUAAAAAAUUGCAACGCCGAUUAUCACAAUUGUCACAAAAUUUUAAGCAGUCUCAUUCUCAGCAACUAAUCGAAAAUUCAUCACAAACAGAAAAUUUUGUGAUACCUCAGAAGGAUUAUUUAUCAGUAAUGAAUAACAAUAAUAUUUCUUCUUUCCAACAGUCUCAAGUAAUACCUACUGUAGCAACAUCGAAAAAAAUUUUUGGCACUACAAAUACUCGAAUUUCUAAUGGAAGCAUUGAUAGUGGUAUUCGAGAUGAAAGCUGCAGUAAUUCCUCUGCUGGUAGUUUAAGUCCAAUUUUAAAAAAUGGGAAACUUUAG